GAGAGAAUUCAGAGCCUGAAGCAGAGCAUAGAUUUCAUGGCAGAUUUGCAAAAAAGUCGCAAGCAGAAAGACAGGACAGACACUUCGCAGAGCGGGGAGGACAGCAGCAGUGGCUGGCCGAGAGACCGGGACGACACUGGGGAGGCUGAAGCACAGGCUCUCAAGAGCCCCAGCAAGGAAAACAAAAAGAAAGACAAAGACUUGAUUGAAGAUAAAUUUAGAAGCAGUAAUUUAGAGAGAGAGCAGGAGCAGAUUGACCGCAUCGUUAAGGAAUCUGGAGGAAAGCUAACCCGGCGGCUCGUUAACAGUCAGUGUGAAUUUGAAAGAAGAAAGCCAGAUGGAACGACGACGUUAGGCCUUCUCCACCCUGUGGAUCCCAUUGUAGGAGAGCCAGGCUACUGCCCCGUGAGGCUGGGGAUGACAACUGGAAGGCUUCAGUCUGGAGUGAAUACUUUGCAGGGAUUCAAAGAAGAUAAAAGGAACAAAGUAACUCCAGUGUUAUACUUGAAUUAUGGACCCUACAGUUCUUAUGCACCACAUUAUGACUCCACAUUUGCAAAUAUUAGCAAGGACGAUUCUGAUUUAAUCUAUUCAACCUAUGGGGAAGACUCUGACCUGCCCAGUGAUUUCAGCAUCCAUGAGUUUUUGGCCACAUGUCAAGAUUAUCCAUAUGUCAUGGCAGAUAGUUUGCUGGAUGUUUUAACAAAAGGAGGUCAUUCUAGAACCCUGCAAGAAUUGGAGACGUCAUCGCCUGAAGGUGAAGACCAGACUAGGACACUUGACGCAGUGAAAGAAAUGGAGAUUACGGAAAUCGAGCCAGUGGGGCAUUUAGACUCCAAUAAUCAGGACAGGCUCACAGCGCUGAAAGCAGUAACAAGCGUCGGCGCCCCAGUGGAAGUCUUUGACUCUGAAGAAGCUGAAGUGUUCCAGAGGAAACUUGAUGAAACCACCAGGUUGCUCAGGGAGCUCCAGGAAGCCCAGAACGAGCGGCUGAGCACCAGGCCCCCACCCAACAUGAUCUGUCUCUUGGGCCCCUCGUACAGAGAAAUGCAUCUUGCUGAACAAGUCACCAAUAAUCUUAAAGAACUUGCACAGCAAGUAACACCAGGGGACAUCGUGAGCAUGCAUGGGGUGCGGAAGGCGCUGGGGAUUUCCUUUCCCUCCCCUGUCGUAGAAAACAACUUCGUGGAUUUAACAGCAGAUUUUGAAGAACCUAAAAAGACUGAUGUGGUUAAGUGUGGACCUGUUGGGAUUUGAAGCUAAACGGCAUUUGAUUACAUAUUAUGUAUAUAUUUUUUUUUCAUUCUAAACUUGGAAAUGCUUUUCAGAAGAUAUUAAAUAUUUGUAAAUUGUGUUUUUAAUUAAACUUUGGAACA